AUGCAAUUACGGCAACCACUUUCGGAUCUUGAUUCCGCUUCAGCUAUAUUCCUCACUGCUUAUAUUUGCGCCAAAGCAGAGCAAAACGCUAGAAGGCCACAGCGGCUCGGCUACGUUCGUCGUCUUCUCUCACGACUCGACGCUCGUGGCGUCCGGCUCAUGGGACAAGAUGGUGCGAAUCGGGCGGCGCACCGACACGGGCGAGAGCGUGCAAACGCUGGAGAGCCACAACUGUUCGGUUACGCGCCGCCAAACGUGCGCGGGAUAGGCUUCAUCGCGCACAAUGUGCUGCACGUCGUGGCGAUGCUGGCAAGGAUCGAGCUGCUGCUGUGGGAUGAGUGGGUGAGAGAGCCGUAUGUAGCUGAGAUGAAGGGGGAGGAUAUGCUGCUCAUGGACAAGGUCGCGGCUGUGAUUGCAAAGGAGAAUGUCACAUACGAGGAUACGGGAAAGGUGAUGGAGAGGGAAGGUGUGAAGGUGCCGGAUACGGUGAUGCUGUACGAUCCGAAUGGGAGCGACCCGGAGCCUGUGGAUGAGCCCGAAGCCAAGUGGAUGACCAAGGCGUACUAA